GUUGGUAGUAGUUUAAUUGUAUGCAAUGGAAAUAGUGCGUGCUUAUUCCUAUGCGGUGUAUCAAUAGACCUGUGCAACAUGCCCAUCCUUUGUCCCACGCUAAUCUCGGUAGAUUGGGCUACGAAGCUGAGGCCAAAGAGCUUCAUCAGGAGCCAAUCGCUGAGAUGGCUGCGAGAGCCAACCAUGCGGACGAUAUAGGUGCGUGGCAGGUGCAAAUGGGAUCACAAAACCCCUUUUUUGUGCCAUACGCCCACGAAAUCCCUCCCAAUUUCGACUUUCCCCACCCAGAGUUCCUCUCUGCUCGUACAUUCAGCAAAGGAUCCAGCUUCAAAACCCCUAGAGACUUUGCAAACAUGGGAUCGAACGCUGGCAUGGCUCAGCGCAAGAAACACAACCAUCGGAAGUUGGUCCUAUGCUUUGACGGAACGGGGAACAAGUUUCAUGGUGAUGAGAGCGACUCCAACAUCCUCAAGAUAUUCAGGAUGCUCGACCGCACUGCGAGCGAUCAGUAUCACUACUAUCAACCUGGCAUAGGCACAUACGUAGUGUCCAACUCGCUCACACACACAAGUCGGCGUGCACGAAUCAAGUCAUGGUACAUGAAGGCGAAAGACAGCGCAGUAGGUACUUCUUUCGACCAUCAUGUCGUUGGCGGUUAUCGUUUCCUGAUGCGCUUCUAUUGCCCCGGGGACGAGGUCUAUAUUUUCGGCUUCAGCAGGGGCUCGUACAUUGCCCGCUUCCUGGCGGAGAUGCUGGACUAUGUCGGCUUGCUGUCGCACGGCAACGAGGAGAUGGUAGUCUUUGCAUGGAAGGCGUUUUCUCAGUGGCAGUGCCGCCGAAACGCAUGCGGAGACGACGAGGAGGCCCAGAAGAAGAAACGCGAGAUGUACGAAUACAUGAAGGGCUUCCGUGAAACCUUCAGCCGGCCGGUGAGACGAAUCCGGUUUCUUGGGCUAUUUGAUACCGUCAACAGCGUACCAAGGUUCGAGACGGCCUGGAUGGAGCGCAACAAGUUCCCCUACACCGCCAGGAGCUCAGCCAAGGUCAUCCGGCAUGCCGUGAGCAUCGAUG